CAGCUGUUGACAGACACUAUACAGUGAAGGGAACACAGUUAAAAAAAUUAUAGAAAAUAAUAAAAAGUCGGGUAAAAAUUAAUAAAAAAUGAUACUAAGUAGGUGGUUUGUUCGAGGUUUUAGAAGUUCCGCAAUUUGGCGCAAUCCAACUCAACAAACGCAAUCUCCAAAAGCAGAUUGGUUGAACAGAACGCAGCGCUUCAAUAACACAGUUCAAGACAUAGUCGCCAAUGUAAUGGCUAACGGCGAAGUUGCUAAAACACCAUCAUUAGCCAAACGAUUAGUUAAGUUAAUGGAAUACGAUACAUUAUUAAGAGUGCCUCUACAAGGUCACAUGACGAUGAUGGCCUACGAAGUUUUGGAGAAUCCAAUCAACCUUACCGAGCAGAAUUUAUAUAAAGCGCAAGUUGUGGCGUGCGCUAUGGAAUUGGCACAAUCAUAUUUUCUUAUCAUGGAUGACUUCGAGGACCAGUCUAAAACGCGACACGGACAGCCAUGUUGGCAUCUGUUGCCCGAAGUCAACAAUUUAAUAUUGAACGACGCCUGCAUGUUCCGAAGUCUUGUAAACGACAUAUUAAAAGAACAUUUGGACGGCUCCGUUUAUACCAAAAUGAUAGAUAUAUUUAAUGAGAUGUAUUUAUUUGUAGCUAUUGGCCAGUACCUGGACAACACAAUUCCUAAAGCAAAAGAUAUAUCUUUAUACACACAUGAUAAUUAUAGUAAAAUUGUAAGAUACAAAUGCACGUAUUACUGUUUAGAAAUACCAAUAAUGUUAGCAUUGAUUUUAUGUGAAAAAGACAAUGAGCCAACUUUCCAGCGAAUCAGAGAUAUUGUCCGUGACGUGGGCUUCUUAUAUCAAAUGAUGAAUGAUUAUACGGACUUGAGCAAUGAGGAAUCUAAAUCUGGAAAAACUGGUAGUGACAUACAAGAAGGAAAGUGCACUUUUUACGCCGUAAAGACGUUAGAACGCGCGACACCAGAGCAGAAAGAAAUAUUCAAAUCAUCGUAUGGUAGCUGGGACCCCGAACACGUUAAACGCAUAAGGAACCUUUAUAAAGAGUUAGAUUUAAUUUCCCUAUAUAAAGAUCAACAUAAUUUUAAAUACAACCAGUUUUUAAAAAAUAUUAAUGACCUUCCAUCAGACGAUAUCCUGACUCCGGAAUUGUUCGUGAAAAUGAUGGAGGCUUCCAACUUGAACAACUGGGAAAUAUACUAGCCCUUAAGAAUUGUCAGAUUAUUGCUUAAAUGUAAAUAAAUGUUACUGUUAUUGUAAAAUGGU